UAGGAGUGUGCUACUAUCCUACUCGAGAAGCAAUUUGAAUGGUACAUAUCCCGAAAGGUAAUAGGGGUGGACUACCGAAGCUAUGUUUAGUAUCGUCUCAGUCACUGGUGCCCUUAAGAGACGAGUCAGCGGAGAUCAGCACCGUGAGGCAGGCAAAGAAAGUCUAAUAAGACUUUCCAAAUAGACGCUAAAGUAGCCGAGACGCUGUGUCAAAGGAACACAAACAAGCUUUUCUCUUCGUGCCGUGCCACAACGAGUUGAGAUAUGGCCACAGUUGGCAGUGUGCUGUCCAAGGAGCAGCUCCUUUGCCCCAUUUGUCUGGAUUUGUUCAACCAGCCAGUGUCCACUCCUUGUGGGCACAACUUCUGCAGGGAGUGUUUACAAAGAUAUUGGCAGACCUCUAACAUGCCUCAGUGUCCCAUGUGCAAGCACAAGCUGUACAUGCGGCCUGACCUCAAAGUUAACACCUUCAUAUCGGAGGUGGCUUCUCAUUUCAAGGAGUUGGUGGAAAAGAAAAAUGAAAAUGAGAGCAGUGCUAUGGAUCAGUCAGAGGGCCACAAAGGAGAGGUUUCAUGUGAUGUAUGCAUUGGAAAAACAGUCAAGGCUUUUAAAUCCUGUCUGGACUGUUUGGCCUCAUUUUGUGAGACUCAUCUAGAGCCCCAUCACGUUCUAGGCACCUUCAAGAAACACCGCUUGAUUAAGCCCAUGAUAAACAUGCAAGACAGGGUUUGUAAGCGGCACGAAAAGCUGCUCGACCUGUUCUGUAACACUGACCAGGUGUACGUGUGCCAGAUCUGCAUUACGAAAGACCACACGGCUCAUCAGACUGUUCGUAUAGAGGAUGAGAGCCGGAACAGAAGGGCUCAGAUCGGGAGCACAAAAAAAGAGGUGGGAGAAAUGAUCCAUCGCCGACUGCAGAAAAUCUGUGAUAUCAAUAAAAUCAUUCAAAUCAGCAGGAGAAACACAGAAAGGGAGACUGAAGAGAGUCUGCGCGUCUUCAGCAAGCUGUUCCAGCUUGUCCAGAGAGGCCAGGCUGAAGUGGCCGAGGUGAUUGGCGCAAAGCAGAAGCAAGUAGAAAGCAUGGCCAGCAGGCUUAUCUUGGAGCUGGAGCAGGAGAUUGAUCAGCUGAGCUGCAGGAGAGAUGAACUGGAGCAGCUCUCGUUCACCGACGAUGAUCUCUAUCUUCUCCAAUACUUUCCAGCUUUUGCCACAGUGCCAGCCACCAAAGACUGGUCCGACACCUGCUUAGAGAGUACUGAAUAUGUGGGCAUAGUGAGGAGAGCGGUGAGGAGAGUAAUGUGUCAGCUGGAGGAGACGGUAAAAGCUGAGGUGAAGAGGCUCUGCGAAUCCGAAUUUCAGAAAGCUCAGCGAUAUGCUGUGGAUGUGCAUUUGGAUCCUGAUACCGCUCAUCCCAAGCUGGUGCUGUCUGAAAACAAGAAGCAGGUCUAUCACGGUGACGUAUCCCUCGGCCUUCCUGACAACCCAGAGCGAUUUUACCCUUGUGUGAGCGUUUUGGGAAAGGAGGGCUUCUCUGCUGGAAGGUUCUACUAUGAAGUCGAGGUGAAAGAAAAGACAGAAUGGGAUAUUGGAGUUGCGCUUGAAACGGUGACCAGAAAAGGAGGGAAUGUGCUAAACCCCGACAGGGGCUACUGGUCGCUGGGGAUGCGAAAGGAUGAGAGCUACUGGGCUCUCAGCAACAGCCCUGUGUGUGUCCCGCUGAUUGAGAAGCCCCAGAGAAUUGGGGUGUAUGUGGAUAUGGGCUGGGGACAGGUUUCAUUUUACAACGUGGACUCUCAUUCUCACAUCUACUCCUUCACUGGGUGCACCUUCAGUGGCAGACUUCUCCCCUACUUUAACCCACGGAGGAAUCACAGCGGGGUUAACUCAGCACCUCUCAUCAUCGUGCCUGUUAACUAAAACUUCGUAACGUGCGAUCUCUACUUGAAUGCUUCGUUUAGUUUUCAAUUUAACGUUUCAACUGUGCCAAAAAAAGUUCCAAGUCUGUAGGGUAAUUCUUGCUGUUUAAUAAAAUCGUGUUUGUCCAAA